GCUCCAGUCCUCGCACGCACACUGUCCACUCUCUCUGCCCCCCCUCCACCUCCACCUCCACCUCCAUCUCCAUGCAUGGGAUGGGCAGUCAAAGAAGGCUUCUCCUCCUCCUGGCUCUCCUCCUGCUGACGCUGGUCGCCGGAGAAGGCGACGGCGCACUGUCCGGCGCCGGCAGCACGGCCACGGACGACGGGGCCAAUGCCACCGACGCGAGCCCACCGGCCGGCGCGCCGCUCGACGUGCGGGCAAGGAAGUGGUGGCGGUUCCCGGCGACGGAAGGCCUCGUCACGGGCAGCGAGCGGAGGGUGCCCAACUCGUCGGACCCCCUCCACAACCGCUGAAGCGCCUGUGUCAGCCGCCUGCCAUUCGUGCUGCUUCCACCUCUGCUGUUAGUUAUACAUACGGUACCUCUGGUCGCAUGCUUUUUGGCUGCACAAUGUGGCUUGGUAUUCAGACUUCAGAGAAUUUAAUUGCGUAUACGAGAGUAAAUGUAGCUGAUUUUGGUCUAGCUGGUUUGCCGUUUCGAGCGCUUGUAAACACAAAUUCGUCGGCAGUUUACACCGUGCCGUGUGUAUAUAAAUUUCCUGAAGUCUGUGUCUUCGCUCAGUUCACAAGAGUUUCAAGAUUCUAUGUAUGUGAAUCCCUGUUUUUUUCA